AUGACUGGCCUGCGUCCGCGGAGGUCGGUGCAGCUGCUGGUUGCAGUCGGCGGCCUCCUCCUACUCGGCGCCGCCGCCGCCGCCGCCACCGCCGCCGCCGCCGCAGCCGCCGACAGCAGUAGCAGUAACCGUCGCGCGCGGAAUCCGCUGGAGGCCCUCGCGGCUAAACUCAGGCUGCGCCUCGAGCAAGCCACCAACCGAUCCGACCAGCUGGAUCUGGUGUUCCUGAUCGACGCGUCGAAUUCGGUGGGCGAGGCGAACUUCCGCGGCGAGCUGAACUUCGCGAGGAAGCUGCUGUCCCACUUCACCAUGGGGCCGACGGCCACCAGGGUGUCCAUAGUGACGUUCGCCGGCAAGGGCCAGCUGGUGCGCCACGUGGACCACGUGUCGCGCGAGGCCAGCCAGGCCGACAAGUGCCGGCUGCUCAGCGGCCAGCUGGCCCAGCUGGGCUACAGCGGCGGCGGCACCUACACCUACGGCGCGCUCGUCGAGGCCGUUGGGAUACUGGAGCGGAGCCGGCGCCGCGAGUCAGCGGAGAAAGUGGUGCUGCUGGUGACGGACGGGUUCAGCAACGGCGGCGACCCGCGACACGCGGCCAGCCUGCUCAAGGGCCUGGGCGUCACCAUAUUCAGCUUCGGCAUUCGCACGGGCAACGUGCAGGAGCUGCGCGACAUCGCCAGCGCGCCCAGCCACGCGCACAGCUACUUCCUCAACAGCUUCGCCGAGUUCGAGGCCCUCGCGCGGCAGGCGCUGCACCGCGAUCUGCGAGCCGGAGUGCACGCGCUGGUGAGCGAGCGCGCCGAGUGCCAGGCCCUCUGCCAAGGCGAGCGCCGCGUCGGCGCCGGCGGAUGCUGCGACCCGAUGGCCAGCUGCGGCUGCGGCACCUCCACCGGACAUUACGCCUGCAUCUGCCCGCUCGGGUACUUCGGCAGCGGUCUCGCCGGCUCGUGCCAGCCCUGCCCCAACGGGACUUACGGCCAGCAGAUCCGUUCGGACGAUUUGUCGGUGUGGUGUGCGCCGUGUCCCGACGCAAAUCACGUGACGCUCAGGCUACCGGCGAUUUCCUCCAGAGACUGCGUUUGCGCUUCCGGAUUCACUGGCGAGCGAGGCAAUUGCGAAGCUAUCACCUGCCUAAAAUUGAAAGUUCCCGAUAAUGGAUAUUUUGUAAAAGCAAACGACUGCAAUAACGUCAUUAAUGCUGCCUGUGGAAUCAGAUGUAGAAUAGGUUUUCAACUCAUCGGUGAUAGUAUCAGACUGUGCGGUCAAGGCGGGAGUUGGUCCGGCGUCGAGACUCAAUGUCUUUUAAAAACUUGCGCGGCCCUGCGGGCUCCCGUCAACGGACGGAUCAGGUGUGAGCUCGAACAUGCAAAUAAUCGCAGUAAAGUCAGCGACAGGGUUGCGCAUCCAAUCGAUACUCGUUGCCAAUUCCAAUGCAAACAUGGAUUUCAACUGCGCGGCAGUAAAGUUCGAAAUUGCUUGCCACUGGCCAGAUGGGACGGACUCAAAGCCACGUGUAAACCAAUCCAUUGCGAGCCGUUGAAAGCAGUGGCGAAUGCUGAGAUUCAGCCCAAAAGUUGCAUGGGUCCUCGGAAACUGCCUUAUGCAUCGAAUUGCAUGAUUACGUGCAGAAAGGGUUACAAGCUGGAAGGUCCACGAACUCGGGUGUGCGUAGGUCGUCACGGUACAUGGUCGAAGAGACACAGCGUCAGCCGUUGUAUAGACAAAACGCGCCCUGUGUUAGUUUGCCCUGAAAGCUUCACGGUCGCCACGCUGCCUGCUCACAACUACACGAACGUCGAUUGGCCAUUACCCAAUGUUACGGACAACUCAGGAGUUGACUGUAACGUUUGGAGCAAGCCAUACGUCACAUUUCCAUGGAAAGUUCACGUUGGCAAGCACGUGGUCAAAUACAUAGCUCAAGAUGUCAGUGGUAAUAGAGCCAGAUGUACCUUUAAUGUUAUCAUCGUCGAUAGAGAGCCACCAGUGAUAGAAAAUUGUUACAUCGAUCAAUUAUCGACAAACUUGCAAGAAAACAUUUUGAAAAAUUACUCCAGCUGGGUUGAACCAGUCAUUUAUGACAAUUCAGGAUUGCCCGUGAAAGUCACCAAAGUGGUUGAACUCAAUGCACAACCAAAUUUUGUUGCUUAUACUGCUGUAGACAAGUAUGGCAAUUCAGCCGAGUGCAUAGUAAAUUUGACGAUAAAACAUACAUGCGAUGAUAUCGAUGUUCCCAAGCCUUUGAAUGGAUACGCAGAGUGUAAAAGUAUCGCAAACGGUGGUAAAGAAUGUAUAUUGUUUUGUAACGAUGGAUAUGAUUUUGCAUUCGAAGGGAAUUUGCGGAUGAUGAAAAACGCACAAGGUUACGUUUUAACGUGCGACGCAACAAAUCACUCUUGGAAUUCUUUUACACCCGAUUGCUCUCGACAAAAGGUGCCUAGUAUCAUCCAUCAAGAAGGACACGUCGUUCUGACAGGUGAUUCUGUGGAUUGCGAUAACACGACAUUGUUAAACGACUUGGCGAAAGCUAUGAACGAUAGCUACAAUCGCAAUUACGCACAUGUUUGCGGCAACGAUGUAACGUGUUACAUUACUUACGAAAUGAAUUGUAAUACAUUUUCUGCACGUUUAACGAGAAACGUCGAUGACGACGUGUACGUCAUCAGUGAAGUCAGUAAUCAAGAUGCAAGCGGUCACGAAGGAAAGAGAAUUGAAAAAGUCAGACGCUGGAAAGACCAAAUUGAGUUAAAGUUCAGGUUCAUCGCGAAAAUAAUCGAGGACAAUCAAAAUAACCGUCGACUAGGAGUGGCAAAGCUGAGAGAAUCAAUAGAAUCAAUGAGCAAGUCAGGAGAGUUGAAUCUGUUGGACGAAGAGACUAACAAAGAAAUCGGAUGGCUGGCCUUGAACCUGCACUCGGUAUUCGAGGAUCCGCAAGUGAUAUGCGAAGCCGGAAGUGUGCCGAGGAAGAAUAAUUGCGUGGAGUGCCCCGCUGGGACGUUCCACAAUCAGACUGGCAUGCGAUGCCAAUCGUGUCCUCUCGGGGAAUUUCAAAGUUCGCCGGGGUCGGUGGCUUGCGACAAGUGCGCGCCCCAUUACUACACGAGAAGGCUGCACGCGAAAUCGAUGGCCGAGUGCGUAGCGGCAUGCGAGCCGGGCCAUUAUUCGCGCGGAAGGUCGCAUCAGCAGCAUGCGGAUCUCGCUGGUCUCGCGCUGGCUCCUUGCACGUCCUGCGAGAUCGGAUCUUACCAGCCGCGGUACGGCCGCAGCCAGUGUUUGCCCUGUCCCCGCAACGGCACUACCGAGACGAGAGCCGCCACGGCGCUCAGCGACUGUUUGCCCGCAAGCCGUCGCCGAAUCCACUUUGAUUUCUGCUCCAGCGCUCUCUGCGCGAAUCGGGCCUCCUGCUCCAACCACCUGGACGGCUUUAGCUGCGAAUGUCGUCCGCACUACGUCGGCUCAAGCUGCGAAACAUUCGUGGACCCCUGCUUGUCGUCGCCUUGCUCGAGCGCCGGUCAGUGCAUGCUGACCAACAAUAGCGACGGCGACUGGACCUACGGAUGCUUGUGCAAACCAGGCUUCGCGGGAAGUUUUUGCGAGACCCUCGUCAACGAAUGCUCCUACAGUCCGUGCCGCAACGGUGCAACUUGCUCGGCUACCGAUAUCGACCUUUCGUGUACUUGUGCAGAUGGCUUUGAAGGCGACUUUUGCGAACUGGCUGUGAAUCAGUGCGAGCACUCGCCGUGCGAAAUCAACUCCUCGACCUGCCGCACAAUCGACGGCUCCUGGAAAUGCUUUUGCAAGCCAGGCUAUCUGGGUUUGCGUUGCGAUUUGUUACCAUGCGACUGGCUUCCUUGUCACCCGAAUGAAAUAUGCGUCAACCUGUUUCAGGAGAAUGCAAACCAGAGUAGUUACAGAUGCGAGUGCCCGCGCGGCUUCACUGGCAAAGACUGCUUCACGAAAAUCGAUCACUGUCAAAGUAAUCCGUGCCAACAUAACGGAACCUGCAUAAACAAUUUACUAGAUUACAAGUGCCAUUGCCACAUUCCGUUCACGGGCUCAAACUGCGAAAUAGAAAUGCUAUCCGAUUAUAUCAUGCACUUCACUCAAUCUGGCACAAGGGAUUACGUUACUUUACCAGGGCCGGCCUACAAUUUAACAGAGUUAACAGUAUGCUUUUGGAUGCAAUCGCUCGAUACUUUUAAUUACGGAACAGUCUUCUCGUACGCAACGCCCAAUCAAGAUAAUGCGCUCACUUUGACAGAUUACAGUGGCUUUGUAUUUUAUGUCAAUGGAGAGUGGGUAAUUACCGAUGCUCGGCUGAAUGACGGGCACUGGCAUUUCGUAUGCGUUGUGUGGGAAAAUCAGUUAGGCUCUUGGCGGCUGUAUGUAGACGGAAUUCAAAAAGACAGCGGCACGCUGUUGGCCAAAGGCACGCAAAUUCAGGCGAAAGGAACACUUAUUUUUGGACAAGAGCAAGAUGAAGUUGGCGGUGGAUUUUCUGAAUCAGAAUCAUUUUUAGGUAAACUGUAUUUGUUAGACAUUUGGGAUAAAGCAUAUGGUUCCGAAGUCAUAUACGAUCUAAGUAAUACUUGCAAACAGUAUCACGGAUCGUUGAUUUCAUGGGUACAAUUACAAGGAGGUAUUCGAGGCGAUAUUAAGCUUACAAACAGUUCAUUCUGCCAAAGAUGUCCUCCACCAAUAUCAGUUUUUAAAGGACUUGUAAAUAUUAGUAAAGAAUUAGAAGAAGCUACUCACUACUGUGAGACUGGCUAUGAAUUCCGUAAAGGAUACGAACGUAUUAAAACUAUCAAAAAGAAAUGCAUGAAACACGGUAGUUGGGCGGGUCCGAAAGUGCCAAAUUGCGUGCGUGUUAACUGUCCUUACCCCGGAUAUUUUUUAAGAGGACAGAUACGGGGAAGGUCCUACCUCUAUGCUGAUAAGAUUAUAUAUACUUGCAAUGACGGCUACAAGCUCAAAGGAAAUCUCGAAAGAGUAUGUACAGCCGAAGGAACAUGGAGUGGAACUGCACCAUUUUGCGUAGGAAUAACUUGUAAAAAUCUACUAGCUCCCGACCACGGCGACUUUGAUUAUAUUGUUGCAGAGCAUGAUAGAGACGAUUUAUCGAUACUACAGGUUGGUCAACAACUUGAAUUCAAAUGCGAUGCUGGUUAUUUUCUGAGUGGAAAUAAAAUUCUGACAUGUCUUCAAAAUGGUACUUGGAAUUUUCAACAACCGCUUUGUUUACCGAUGAAUUGUUCACCGCCAAACCAGUUCAGCCACAAUCACAUUAUUACAAAUAUUACAACGCACUCUUCAUCGCAAACUCACGUCAUUGGCGAUUUAAACAAUAAGCAAUCAGCAAAUAAAUCGCAUUACUUUUACGGAAAUAUUUUAGUAUUUGCUUGUAAGCAAGGAUACAAAUUCGAAAGUGAUCACUAUAUUUCGACUGACUUGAAGCUUGAGUGUACAUCCAAUGGCACUUGGGCUGGCUUGGUACCUGCCUGCAUACCACUUCGCUGCCCGCCACCCAUUCGUAUAGAAAAUGCUAUUACGUAUUCACUGGAUGAGGGCCAGCAAACAAUUGAUGGUACUUGGAAUAAUAACAAAGCUGGACAUAGUUCGCACAAUAACAUUAAUGAUACCGGUAUAGAGAUUGAAAAUGAAAUGUAUGCUAGAGUCGGAAUGAAUUACACAUUUGGACAACAAAUCAAAAUAAUAUGUAAAAAAGGAUUCGAAAUAGUCGGAGGUUCAACGAUUAGAACUUGUACUGAAAAUGAAACUUGGAGCGACAGCGAUGUAAACUGCGAGCCUUCGCAGUGCCUAUUUACAGAGUUAAAUAAUCACCCUCUAAUAAGAAUAUUUUCAAACCACACGCAAAAACUUGAACAAAGAUUUCAAGUGCUAGAAGUAAAUCUUGACGUACUAAAUCAUAUUCGGCAAGAAUUUAGCUUUCAUGUGGAAGGAUUUAAUUACGGUAACAAAAUCAUUAUUCAGUGCUUGGAUCAUAAGGAUAACAAAUUUUCAAAUAAGACUCAGCUGAAGUUUAUCUGGGAAUGCGAAGAGACAAAAAAGUGGAAAUUUUCAACUGAAAAUUUGUACGAACCCAACGUAACCAAUAGAAUUUUAAAAGAACAAAUAAACGUGUGUUCUUCCAAGAGAUGCAGUGCGUUGAAUCCUCCUUUGCAUGGGUACAUUGAGUAUGAAAACAAUACAGAAAAUGCUUUCGAGGGAGGGCUUAUUUUCAAAUGUGACUCGGGUUACAAGUUGAUAGGUGGUCAAAAGUCUUACUGUUUAUUCAACGGAACUUGGACGUCUAUUCCAAUAUGCCAACCAAUCACUUGCGGAACACCUCCUAAAGUGUUACAUGCGCAAGUUAAAAGUGGAAACAUUGAAAUAAGCCAGGCUUCACUCGGGACCACGAUUUCGUAUCAAUGCAUAGCAGGCUAUCGAAUUUUCGGCCAAUUAAAAUUGCAAUGCUUGGCAAGCGGGGUAUGGUCGAGAGUCACUGGAAGUUGUGCUAGAAUAUCGUGUGGAAAACCACAGCUUACUGGUGGUGCAUCGAUACAAGGAAAUUCUUAUUUCUAUCAAGACCGCUUAAUUUAUAUCUGUCCUGAUAAAAAAUUUAGAGAUUUUAUUAUAUGCAAUCGCGAUGGAAAUUGGAGUAAUUUUCCAAAAUGCACUAGUUGAAACAAUUUUAACAUUGCAAACUAUUAUGGUGAAUAUUUUUUAAAUACUCUAUAGGAAUAAAGGAUACGUUUAUAAUGAAC